AGUAAUAUAAAAGGUAAUUCAAAAUGAUGGAAAAGAAAGUGAGUACUACAAGUAACUUGUCUCUCGUCUCCUCUGAAGACAGUAAUAUUUCGACUGCCGUCAGAAUCGUCUGGUAUACCAUCUUCACUACAGAGUCUCUCGUCAUCUUAAUCCUCAACUCUGUGGCUUUGUCUAUCUUCUUCAAGAAGAAAUUUCUGAUCAAGAAAUCAACUUUCCUUCUUAUUAACUUAACAUUUGCAGACYUCCUGGUUGGGCUUACGAUACCAGUCAUUUUUGCUGUUGAUUUUGUUGAAGAUCCUAAUGUCAAACUCGCGUUUUACCUCCCAUCAGUGUUGGCGGCUCUUGAGUCACUUUUGUCGAUCACUGCUAUUGCUGUAGAGAGAGUGUUUGCAAUAUUUUGCCCUUUUAGACAUCGAGUUUUAAAGCGGUCGCACUAUUUUUGGUGUAUUGGGUCAUCUUGGUUUAUUGCUUCUGCAGUUUCAGUGUUCCUUAUAAAAGAAACAAUUGGAUACCAUUGGUUGAAAACGCUGGAUUCAUCAGUCUUAAACUAUUUCCGGAUAUCACUGACCCUAUUCUUGACUGCUCUGAUUGUAUCAUCGUACAUCGCAAUCUGGAUCAAAGUGACAUUCUACAAGCGCUUCAACACUCGACGAAGCGAACAAGAGAAUAAAAAAAUGGCCAAAACUUUGUCGAUUGUCACUGCUAUUUUUCUUAUAACUUGGUGGCCAAUUAACAUCUUUGAGAAAUUUGACCAUAGUGGCUCUAAUCAGUCGCUGGAAUACGGCAUUUACUGUCUGGUUUAUAGCAAUUCCUUUCUCAAUUGCAUUGUGUAUUCUGUCAGGAUGCCUGAGUUUAGAAAAGAACUUGUUUUUAUUUUGCGCAAAGCCAAGAAGAUUGUAUGUUUUGGGUCACGAGAUCCAGUUGAAGUCGCAARUGAUGGCGGAUCCAGCGUCCAAAAUUCGAAUUCACCACCGGUGGUGUUAUAUUCGGUUCGACCGAAAAAUAUCGAAGAGUUUUAAAGCUGAAAAAUAUGAAUCGUUAAUAUCUGUAAAGAUCAAAUUUGAAAAAGAAUUAAGAUSCGCCGCCAAUUUUUCGUCUUAUAUGGAAAAAGUAAACUACUUUCUUAGUUGCGACUGAUCCAUGACCUGAACAGACGCGAUAUCUUUUCCACCAUGUUGUAGCGGCUGCUUUGCGUCCUCCAGAGAAAAGCUCCACUUGGCAAAAACUUAGAAAAGCGCAGUCAUCGUAGACAUGCUUACAAUGUGUG